AUGGGACAAACAUUACCAGAACCAAACAAGGAGAAGUAUACAAGCGAAGGAAAUGAUAAGAAAGUGAUGUAUGGGGCAUCAUGUAUGCAAGGAUGGAGAGCGAACAUGGAAGAUGCUCAUACUGCAUUGACUUCCUAUGCAAAUACUGGUGCUAGUUUCUUUGCUGUAUUUGAUGGGCAUGGAGGAUCUCAGGUUGCAUCCUAUAGUGGAAAGACAUUGUAUAAAAAGAUCAUGAAUUCACCUGCAUUUGAAAAAGGAAGAUAUAGAGAAACAAUUCGCAGUGGUUAUUACGCUAUCGAUGAAGAGCUUAAGCGAGACCCUGAACUCAUGAAUAGUAACUCUGGAUGUACCGCUGUGGUUGCUAUAGUGACAAAGAAUGAUGUACUUUAUAGUAAUGCGGGGGAUUCAAGAAGUGUUAUAAGUACAAGAGAUGGUAAAGGUGUACCAUUGACACAAGAUCAUAAGCCAAAACAUCCAGAUGAACAUACAAGGAUAAAGAAUGCAGGUGGAUUUGUAGAAAAUGGACGUGUGAAUGGCCACUUGGCUUUAUCUCGAGCACUCGGUGACUUUACUUUUAAAUCAAAUACCCAAUUGACACCAGAUAGACAAGCUGUAACAGCUGAACCCGAUAUUAUUGAACAUCUCAUUACCGAUCAUGAUGAAUUUAUGGUACUAGCCUGUGAUGGUAUAUGGGACUGUCUAUCAAGCCAAGAAGUGGUUGACUUUAUACGCUGUAAAUUAUGCGAACAUAAAUCAUUAGGCAUAAUCUGUGAAGAAUUGAUGGACUUUUGUCUGUCUGAGACGGAUAACUAUAGUGGCAUCGGCUGUGACAAUAUGACAGUGAUCAUUGUUGCCUUUUUGAGAAAGAAGACACCUCAACAGUGGUAUGAUUGGAUGGCAUCCAAAUCACCACCCAAGAUGCCAAUUAAAAAGCAAGUAUUGUUGACACAAAAGGAAGAAGAAGAAUAA